AUGAGAUUGUCAUGGGCCAGACAGGCCGCAAUUACAGGCCUCGUGGCCGUCGCCAUGGCAGACGUCUUGCCGCCGGACGAUAUUCCACUCAUGUGCGUGACGAUCUGUGGUCCAAUCGUCGAGUUGACAGCAAAAUGUGAUAUUCACCACCAUCGGCUCGCGAAGCGUCAGCCAAACCCAGAGUGGGUUCCAAAGUUGGCCGUGGAACCGCCCGAGGAUGAUGGACUGCACAAGAGAAGCUUUUCUAUCAUCAGAGCUGCACCGACGUCAUUUCCUCCACAGUUCGAGCCUCAAGAGAGCACGACAACGUCAACUUCAACGUUAACGUCGACAUCCAAGUCUACGCCCGCGUCAAUGAAAUGGGUUGCGGAUGGCACCAGUGCGGAGGAGCAGACAUUUACGAUGAGACGUACCUCGAUGAGUUCAUCGUUUGUGAGCUCAGCGGCAACUCAGCCUACCAAGACUUCUCAAGGUGAUUCUGCUAUAGCGAGCAUGACAAGUUGGGGAGCCAGUUUGCAGACGCAGUCAAUAGUGCCAGAGGAUGACCCUGAGAGGGAAUGUGUAUGCAAUAACAAGAGCUUUGAUGUGGCCAAGAUUGCAGCGCUAUGUCAAGACUGCAUUGUCGUUGAUGGGCACAAGCAAAACAACCUGGAUAUUAUUAUGCGGUCAUGCGGGUUUGAAGCACUUACUUAUACUCCCGACCAGGACAAAGCGGCGGAUAACAUUCGGGUCGAGGCAACGCGGCCGACUGCCAUGGGUGCGAAGCAGGACCCAAUAAAUUCUGGUGCUGUAUUAGAGUCUGGUGGUAAUUGGGUUAUUAUUUUCACUUCACUGUUAGGAAUUGCCAUGGCGGUAUGA